AUGGAUUUUUGGCCUUGCAAUGAAACUCUGCCAUCGCUCGCUUCAGCAGCCGUACACAGCAGUGGUUUCACUUUUGUAUCAGCCGUGAACACUGUUAUUGCUGCACAUUGUGCUCUCACAAACCCGCGUCAAUGGCCGCUUGAUCGGACUGAGGAGAUACUAUCAGAUCCAGCAUUCGACUUUAUCAUAGUAGGAGCCGGCUCAGCAGGUUCAGUCAUAGCUAGCCGGCUAUCUGAGAAUCCCAACUGGAAAAUACUUCUAGUGGAGGCAGGAGAUGAUCCUACUUUGGAUACCGAGUUAGUUGGAGACCUUUUCCAUAUAUUCCAUUCACAGAAUGAUUGGCAAUAUAGAACUGAGCCAGCUCAAGAUUACUGCCUCAGUUCUCAAAAUAACCAAUGUUAUUGGCCAAGAGGGAAAACCCUGGGAGGAAGCAGCAGCCUUAAUGCUAUGUUUUAUGUACGGGGACAUAAGCAAGAUUUCAACGAAUGGAGAGACAUGGGAAACAAAGGCUGGGGAUAUGAUGAUGUGCUACCAUAUUUUAAGAAAAGCCAGGCGUUACAUGAUGAUCAAAUAGCAAAAGAAGAAAAGGAUAAAUUUCACAAUGAACACGGACUGCUUCAUAUUGGGAGACAUGUGCCUAAUGCCUUUAGUGACGUCAUUUUAAAAGCUUAUAAUGAAGUAGGAGUACCGACUGUACUAGACCUGUCAGGAAAAGAUUCUGUAGGAGUUUUGAAAUCACUAGCAACUGUUUAUAAAGGCCGUCGACAGAGCACAGCUCGUGCAUUUUUAACACCAGCCAGGGAAAGAACUAAUUUAUACGUAAUGAAAAAGACAUUGGCAACUAAAGUAAUCUUUAAAGAUUCUAACGUUGCAAUUGGUAUUGAAGUACAAAAGUCAGGAGAAACGUAUAAAAUGUAUGCUAAGAAGGAAGUCAUCCUUUCUGGAGGCUCGAUAAAUUCGCCACAACUAUUGAUGCUGUCUGGUGUCGGUCCAAAAGGACAUUUAGAGGAAAUGGGCAUACACGUUAUCAAAGACUUACCAGUUGGUCAACAUUUACAGGACCAUGUAGUCGUCCCUAGCUUUAUUAAUCUCGACAUAGAUAUGCCUCCAAUUGAUAAAGAAACGUACAGCAUGUCAAUAACUGAAUAUAUAACUAAACAAACCGGACUAUUUUCCAACAUAGGCCCAACUGAAGUAAUUACUUAUAUCAAUAUUUUUGAUUUAAAUGAUACGAUACCUAAUAUCCAAUAUCACCAUUUCCUUUUUCCACCAAAAAUCUAUGAAGUUUUAGACAUAUUCCAAAUACACGAAUUCAACGAAUCCGUAGUACAAAUGAUAAACCAACUGCAAGAGAAUCCUGGGCUUAUGAUUUGGUCUGUGUUAUUAAACCCAAAAUCUGUCGGUGUACUCAAAUUACGAAGCACAAACCCCCAAGACAAGCCCUUAAUUUACGCUAAUUAUUUCAGCGACUCAUACGAUAUGAAAACAAUGGUGGCAAGUAUGAAAUUUGUAUCAAAAUUUGCCGAAACAUCGAUUUUCAAUUCAUCUCUUGCGUUCUUGGCUGUGCCUGGAUGUAAAGAGUUUGCCUUCAAAAGCACAGAAUAUUUUGAAUGCAUUGCGCGGCAUAUGACCACAACUUUGUACCAUCCCGCAGGCACAGUGAAGAUGGGUCCUUUUGAUGGCACAUCAGUUGUUGACCACGAGCUGAGAGUUCAUGGAGUGCAAAACUUAAGAGUGGCAGAUGCCAGCAUUAUGCCGCGUAUCGUCAGAGCAAAUCCCAAUGCGGCUAUUAUAAUGACUGGAGAAAAAGCGUCUGAUAUGAUUAAGCAGUUUUGGGAAUCAGUUUAA